CUUCGUCCCCGCUGCUAGGGUUGAUCGUCCGCCGCUAGGGCUUUUGAUCUCAGAGGAAUAGAGAAUUCGAGAGAUGGCCCCUCCUCAGCCGAAGAGCGGGCUCUUCGUCGGGCUCAACAAGGGGCACAUCGUGACCAGAAGGGAGUUGCCUCCUCGGCCUUCGAGCAGAAAGGGGAAAACUAGCAAGAGGGUCCAUUUCGUGAGGAGCUUGAUCAGGGAAGUUGCUGGCUUUGCUCCAUAUGAGAAGAGAAUCACUGAGCUUUUGAAAGUUGGGAAGGACAAGCGAGCACUUAAAGUUGCCAAAAGAAAGCUGGGCACACACAAGAGGGCCAAAAAGAAGAGAGAGGAGAUGGCUAACGUUCUCCGAAAGAUGAGGUCGGCUGGAGUAAGUGACAAGAAGAAAUGAGGCUGUCUGCAGGAUCCGAAGCUUCAAUCUUAAUCAUACAUUGCUGGGGUUUUUAAUUCAGUUGUUUGCAAAAGUAACUUUUUGACUCGUGAUGGCUAUUAUUUUCAGCAACUGAUCUGCUUCAUCUAUCUUUGGAACUGCCUUUAACCUGUGGCUUGAGAACUCUUCUUGUAAUUUUUAGCCUGUCAAAGCUAGAUCCUAAGGAUUAUCAUAAUGAAGUAUGGUUAAUCAUUUAAAACUUUAUGUUA